AUGAUGCUGGACACGGCUGGCCGAAAGAGCUUCAUUGCAACUCUGCCUCCAGAGCUCAUGCUUCAAAUCACCCACUUCCUAACCGUGCGCGACCUGGCAGCCUUGACACAGACAUGUCAGCCUCUUCAUCCGAUCGCGACCAGUGCUUUGUACAAGAAGGCUGCCCACAUUCACCCGACGCUCUUGGUCUGGGCUGUGGAAUGUGGAAGACGAAACACGGUCCAGAUGCUCCUGGCAGCGGGCGCAGAGUACCUCGCCAUACGCACUAGAUGCCAGCGUGAUCUUGUAGGCGAAGAAGUAAGCUACAAGCGGGGAGCUACCAGACUGCCAGACAUGCAGUUGCUACGCAAGUAUUACAGCGAGCCCAUUGAGGGUGAGUCCUUCGAUAACUCGGCCACGCCAUGGUUCAGUCAUUCUCUCAGCUGGCUUUUGUCGCCGAUGCACCUUGCCGCGUUCAAAGGACAUGUCUGCAUAGUAGAGAUGCUGCUGGACCAUGGUGCGAAUGUCGACACACUUGCGCCAGACUUCUGCCACUCACACCGCUCCAGGCACAAAUUGCUGCAAAGGCCGCCGGACGACGAUGACCACAUCCGCUCUUGGUCGGGGGCACCAGGCGGCUGGGCGGAACCCGCACUGAGGACGGCGAUAUGUGCUGGCCAGGAUGACGUGCCACGUCUGUUGAUCGCCAGAGGGGCGUCUUUGAACUUUCCGGGCAAGAUGGAUGGCAGUGGAGGAGAGCACGCUCUUCACACGGCGGCGAUCCAUGGCCGUGUGGCUCUCAUCAAGUGGCUGUGCCUCGAGAGCUCGCAUGCGACCACCAUCGACAUCAACGUCAGGGACUACCAUGGCCUGACUCCGCUGUUCCACGCGGUCCGCAGCCCGAGCGGGGACGAGGUCAGGCCAUGCCUCUUGGCAAUGGGCGCAGACGUCGACGUACCUGGCGGCCCAUGGAACUGCACGCCUCUCCAGUUCGCCUGCUGGAAUCAGUGGUGGGACAAGGCUGCCGAACUGCUCCACGCCGGGGCUGACCCGGAUGCAUUGUGCACGCCAAACGGCGGCCACACACGCGACACCCCUCCUAUGCGUGCAAUAGACAUAGUCUGCGUCGACACUUCUCACAAUCCCAGGUCCCAACCACAACAGGGGGCUUCAGCAAAAGGUCGUAUCGAAAUCCUCAAAGCCCUCUUGAGGAUAGGAGCCAGCACCGAGCGAUGCCCUGGACCACGCCUGUCCCCCAUGGCCAUCGCCGCGUGGUUCCCCAAUCCAGACGCGGCCACUUCGCUGUUGGACACAUUCCACAACGCAUCAGUGCAACUCGACGAAGCGGACACGGCCUGGAUCAUGAACACCAUCCUCUCACCCUCACCAAGCCCUCCCGCUUAUACACUGGCACAGGGAUGCAUCCCCCGCAUGGUCAACGACAGCAACCCCGUGCCAGUAGUCGAAUGGCUGCUCACGCACAGCAGCGGCACCGGCGCCCAGCUGCCACCACUGAUCGACGGCAGUGGCGGUGCUUCUGCUGCUGCUGCUGCUGCUGCUGCUGCUGCUGGGAAACAGGCAGACAACCCAGGCCGGUUCUCCAUUUCCUCCGUCGUCACCAGCUUCGCCGCGCUCCGCGACGCGUGCUGGGCGCCGGACUUGCUUGCGCUGUACAUCACGCACGGCGGACUGGACGCGAGUCUGGCCGCCCCGUCCGGAACGACGCUGCUGCACGCGUUCCUGCGUGGCGGCCAUGCCCAAUUCGCCCACGUGCUGCUCAAGUACGGUGCUGUCCUACCUUGUGUCCUGGACAUACUGGAGGAUUUUCAGAAAGUACUGCCACCCCUGGAGGAGUGGGAGCGGGACCACCACGGAGAUGACGGCAGCAGCAGCAGCAGGAGCCCCAGCAGUGAUGCAAACAACGUCCCUAGAGUAUUUGGAUUCGGGGGGCGUGGAGGACAGGCCCGGCGUCGGCGGCUUGCAGAGAUGCAGAAGUUGGUCGCGCGGCUGGAACGUGUUGUCGUGUUGCUCGCGAGCCGGUCGGAAGUGGUAAUCCCGGGGACGCGAGAGGUUUGGGUCGCCCUGGGCUGUGGCGAGGAAGCUGCCAGGAUUAUCGUAGAGGUAUUACGUGGAGUCAGAGAGGGUGGAGAUAUGUCGCCGUCGAGAAAGGCCGAGUUGCGCGAGUUCAUGUAUCUGCUGAGGGUUGAGCUGGAUUCGGCUCCGCUCUGA